CAUCAACAGACUCGAAAUCAAGGAAUUCCAUAUUGCUUAGUGCAUUCGCAAAAUUGUAAUGGCCUGAAAAGCAGAUUGCCUCAAUUCAAUGCUGAUGUACUAACAAAUAACGCAAAAAUUUACAUGAUAUGUGAGGAUAAACUCGACGAUUCGGUCAAUUCUUCGGAGGUAUUCCCCCCAAAUUUCAACGUUUACCGUUGUGAUCGUUCCGAGGAAACUGAAUUGUGGCAAAAGACUAAAAAGAAACGAGGCGGCGGUGUUCUGAUUGCCAUCGAAAAAUCAAUCAAAUCACAACUCGUCGGUACAGGAGCAUCAUUCGGCGCUGAACAAAUAUGGGCCAAGAUAAUAUUGAACAACAGAAAUAUUUUCUUAGUCGAGGCCUACCUCAGACCGGAUUCUCCAGUUGAAGUCUACGAAGCAAAUAUGGGAGCACUACGGGAAAUCACUGCAAAAAUGCAAACUGAAGAUGUUCUCAUCCUUUCAGGUGACUUCAAUUUACCUAAUUUAUCCUGGUUCACUGAUGACAACGAUGAUCCAGAAAUUGCGAUUCCAAUUAAUGCAUCAGGAAAGAAAGAAUUGAUCAUUCUCGAUACAUGUCAUGAAUUGGGAUUGCAUCAAAUCAACAAGCACAGCAAUGAUAAUGGAAAUAUGCUCGACUUAAUUUGGACAAACUGUGUAGACAUCGUUUCAUGUCAGCCUGCCGAACAUCAUUUAUUGAAUCAUGAAUCACAUCACAUUUCUUAUUCGAUAAAAAUCCACGGUUUGGAAAUGAAGCAAAACAAAGUCACAUCUCAAAUUGAGUACCGCAAUUUCAUGGGCGCUGAUUAUGAUACCAUUAAUGAGAAACUAUUCACUGUAAAUUGGGAUGAUGUUCUCACUGGAACAAACUUGGAUACAGAUAUUAACCAGUUCUAUAAUAUCAUCAAUUCCGUUGUUUCAGAGAAUGUCGAGCUGAAAACGGAAACGAUUUCAAACCAUCCAAAAUGGUUCACCAGCGAACUCAUAAACAUAAAGAAUCGUGUCGACACACUGCAAAGACGGAAAAAGUCAUGUUCUUCAACUGAAGCAAUUGUGAAGCAUGCUGAUUUGAGAAGACAAUAUAAGUCAUGCGCUCGAUUAGCCUUCAAGAAUUACAAGUUGGAAAUGGAGCAGCUAAUUGAUAAAGAUCCAACGAAAUUUUUCGAAUAUGUCAAUUGCGUCCGAAAAACUCAUGAUGAUUUACCCAGUGAAAUGGAAUAUAAUGGCGUUAAGUUGAACUGUCAACAAGAUAUUGCCGAUACAUUUGCCAAACAUUUUGAAAAAGCGUACACCAAACAAAAUGAUGUUCAAACUGACAGUUACAAGGACUGUGAAUCGCUUCUCCGUGAUUUAUGCAUCAAUAUUCCAACGAUUGAAAUCACUGACGACCUAAUUUUGGAGACAGUAAACAUCCUUCCAAAUAACACAGUAUCUGGGCCAGACGGAAUACCAAACAUUUUCAUCAAAAAAUGCAUUCACACGUUGGUAAAGCCGAUUACUCACAUAUUGAGUGAAUCAUUAAAGACCGGCUUUGUACCAGACAUUUGGAAGCGAUCUUAUGUACGGCCAAUACACAAAAGUGGAAUCAAAGCAAAAAUUGAUAACUAUCGUGGUGUUGCUUUGCAGUGUGUAAUUUCGAAGAUUUUGGAUUCCAUCGUUUCAAGUCAUCUUAACUUCCACAUUUAA